UUUAGUCAAUAUAAGUCGUUAAGUAUUAACGCACGUGACUAUCAAAAUAUCAUCGAUUAUAAUAACAUUAGAGAGAUACUUCUAACACUCAAAGAAGAAAGUACAAGUCACAACAAUUCAAUAGAAUAUUAAAAAUAUUUUCGAAAUGAAACUACUGCUUCAUUUGAUAGCAAUUCGCUUGAUAUUAAUACUAUCGAUGAUUAUUGUGAUUAACUCACAUAUAGUUCAUGAAAACUCGAAACAUGUUGAAAAUAAUGUAACGAAAUCUGAAUAUAUUGAGCUGUUCGAGAGAAUACGGAGAACAGUUGCAACGAAAAGCAAAGAUCGCUUGUGGGAUCAAGGUGUUAUUCCUUUUAUAAUUGAUGAUGUGUUUAGUGGUUACCAACGUAAAUUAAUAAAAGAAGCAAUCCGUGUAUGGGAGAAGUCGACAUGUAUUACAUUCAUAGAGACAGUUCCUGAAGGUAGAUCCAAGUAUUUGGCAAUCACCAAAGCAAGUUGCAGAUGUUGUCUUAUGGUGGAACCAAUUUUCGAGAAUAAAGUAAUACUGAGCUUCGCAGAUGGAUGUGAUGAAUUUCCGAUAGUUCUGCAUGAGCUAGGACACGCGAUUGGAUUGGAGCAUGAACAUAUUCGUCCUGAUCGUGACAUGUUUAUUGAUGUCAUUUAUGAAAAUAUACCAGAAGAAUUUUUUAGUGAAUUUGAAAAAGGAUCACCUCAUGAUGUACAAACAUUCAACUAAACCUACGACUAUCAUUCAGUCAUGCACUAUCCCAGUGAUGCAUUCUCAAUUUAUUGGCCUUUGGAAACCCUAUUACCAAAACAAAAAAAUUUAUCUCUUGGAACAAACAUCAAACUAAGCGAGGGUGAUAUAUCGACUGCAAAUAUGUUAAACAGUUGUCCCAAAUGUGGAGGAAUCUUCUACGGGAUUUCUGGUUCAUUCGGUCCCUCAACGCAUUCAAGCAAUUCAAUUCAAAUGAAAAACUGCAAAUGGAGAAUCAAAGCUUCAAAGGGUGAAAGAAUCGAACUUGUAAUACCUACGUUAAGAAUUUUCCAGAAUCCUAACUGCACAGAUGAAUUUUUAGAAAUAAGAACUGGUUAUCCGCCUCAUAGCACUGUCUUAAGCCGAUACUGCGGAAAUUUUUCAUCCAUCAGCAUCAAGACCAAUAAUGUUUUAUUCGUGACAUACGUGAAAGCAACGACAAGUAAUCCUUCCAUAGGUUUCACAGCUCACUAUAAUAUUACAUGUGGCGGAAUUUUCGACAUCAAGUUAAAUACUCCUUUCAACCUGGAAUCAACUAAUUUUCCAGAUGCGUAUCCACUAAGUCGACGAUGCACUUGGAAAUUUACUGCACCAAAUAAUCAUCGCAUAGCGAUGAAAAUUCACUAUUUUGAGCUUGAAUUGUAUGACAGCUGCAUUGAUUUUCUUAUGAGUAAGGAUGGUAUUGAUUAUAACUCAAAAAUCAUUGGAGUGUACUGUGGUAAACGCGAUUCGUGGCAAAUUAAUUCAACUGAUAACAAAUUAUUGGUUGACUUUUCUAGUGACAGAAUGAUCAAUUAUUCAGGAUUUUCAGCAACUUUGUUUGCAAUACCCUUAGAUGGGUGAUCUUAUAAACUAUGAUUCUGAAGUAUAAGUUAUACGAUAGCGCAGCAAAACCCGACAUCCGUUUUUUGAAUCUUCUAUGAUUAUACAUUGUUUUAUUAUCCUUCAAGACCAGGUUGAUCCAAUUUAAGAAGAUUUUAAUAAUUUUUAAUAACCUCGACUGACCUUCAACAAAUUUUUACUUAGCCGAUCUUUUGAAAAAGCUUCUAAAGCAUCAAGAGGUAAACUAAUUUAUUU